CAGAAAACGACGCUUCGCUGCUAAAGCGUUUCGUAAACAUCGAAGGGCUUUUUAUAUUGUUUUUUUUUAUAAACCAAACAUAUGCUGCGAGACAAACACGCGCUCCUGACACGGCAGUGCGGAUUUGAGGAGGUUUCAGAUUUGUAGAUUGAUGGCUGUGUACUUUGAUCAUCGCAUUGAUGCUCCUGACAGCAGAGGAGAUGCUGUACUCAUCUCAUGGCACUCCAGUGUUUGUGUGCUGGCCGUGGGAUCUGUCAACACAUCUACUGGAGGAAGUGUGGAUCUUUAUCUGCAACAGGGGGAGCAUGUGGAGUUGUGUCAUGUGGAACGAGGUUUUAGCCCAUCAUUGCUUCAGUGGCACCCUACUAAACCCCUGCUGGCGGUGGGCUGGGAGACUGGCGAGACCUUGCUCCUCUCACACCAAUCUGGUGAAAACACAACCCUCCCGGCAAAUACCCACAAUUCCUGUAUCACAGUGCUGGAGUGGAGCAGUAACGGCAGCAGGCUGGUCACAGGAGAUCAGGCAGGUGUUAUGGCGGUAUGGAGAGUGGAUGCUCGAGGUAAACUGCAGGGAUCUCCUUUAUUAAAACACGACUACGGUAAACCACUGACGUGCUGUAUCUUCAGAUCCGCCGCACCUGCAGAAGAUGUGGCAAUGCUGGCGCGUGCAGCUGUGAGCGGCGAUGAAACCGCUUUGGACAUGUUCAACUGGAAAAAGAGCAAUAAAGGAGCCGGUUUCGCACUGGGAUCACAGGAAGGGUUGACGUUUUACAUCAGCACGGUGGAUGGGAAUGUGUUCAGUGUGGAUGAACAGGCGCGGAGCGUUGCGCUGCUGUCCGUGGAGAGCGCGGUGCAGAAGAUGUGGUUUUCUAAGAGAAGGUCCGUCCUCGCCGUAGUAACAGAUUCCCUCCUGCUCUCUCAGUUCAGUGUCGGACCGGAGGGAUUCGCUCAUGAGAUCAGUAAGGUAAAACUCAGUGGUAGAGGUGGACAGCACACAGAUAUUGUGUGGACAGAAGAUGGUUUGUUACUCACAGCAUCAGGGGAACAGCACAUCAGACUCUGGGAUGUGGAGUUGGACGAUCACUACGCCCUCUCUUUGGAUGAGUCUCUGGGCUUUGAAAAAGGAGAAAUGCUCAACUGUGUGUCUUUUUGCACUUUUAAACGCGUUCUUGCAGCAGGUACCAGCAGAGGCCGUGUGGCCCUUUGGCACAUGGUGACAGUGAAUGAUCAAAAGGGAGACACAAAAACCCAGUGGAAACUCCAAACACCAGUAGAGGUUGAAGGAAACAUCACACAGCUGCAGUGGGGUUCGAGCUCUCAUCUGUUGGCAGUGUGCAGCAGCAGUUGUGUGUUGAUUCUGUCCGAGCAUGUGAUGUGUUCUCAUUACAGCCAGCAGAUGGCAGCAGUGCAGCUCUCACCAACACAGCUCAGUCUGUCCAACUUCAACACCAACACACACAUCACCUUUCACACAGACACACACAUCAGAGCUGUGCAGGUCACCAAGGAUAUGGUCACUGUAUGGAAUGGGAAAUAUAUCACAGUGUACGAGCCAUCAGGACAAACUCUCCACAGCACAGGUUCUUUCCAGUGUGAGUCUCCUGCUCUCGCAGUACACGAGGAGAACAUUUAUACUGUAGAACCAAACCGUGUCCAGAUCCGCACACCACAGGGUACAGUAAAACAGUUGCUGGUGUUCUCUGAAGCAGAAGGAAACCCCACAUUACUGUGUGUAUGUGGAUCUUACCUGGCGGUCGGGACUGAUGCAUCACAUGUCAGAGUAUUUGAUCUCACACGCAGGGAGGCCAAACCUGUUGGCGUCACUAAAAACCUGGCCGAACUCAUACCGGAUCUGGGUGCUCUGAGAUCUGUCAAAUGCAAUGCUAGCGGCAAUCAGCUGAGCGUCCUCAUAACACAGGUGAAUGGGCGGCCUGACAACAAAGUAUAUUUUUAUGAUAUCGAGUUGGACACGCUGACGUAUUUCGACUUCUUCACGGGACGACCAGCAAGCAGUCUGACGCAAUUAGAGGACAGAAUGCAAUGUGAGGUCGAGUUAUCUGCCCGAUGCCCUGUGUCUCAGUUCUGGGAUGAGAAUGAGCCACGGCUGUUUGUGUGUGAAACCGUUCCCGUGACCUCUGACCUCCACAGCAGCAGCCAAUCACAAGCAGAGAAGGAGGCCGUGACAGUGGUGACGUUCUUUGUGACUCAGGAACACGGGCUUCUCCUGCAGGACUGGCAACCUAAACCAGCAACACUGCUGUCUUUGCUCGCUCUAGACACUCCAUAUUAUUAUUAUAUCUGCAAGCUCUUAUUUCGGAGGGGAGGAGUCUUUAUUCCUGAUAUGGGUGAGAAUAGAGAACAGGGUGAGGUGAUCUCUACACCCACCCAGGCGUCCUCUUCACCUCAGAUGGUGGUACGGCGAGCCCUCCGAGAUUUUGCCGGGUUGGAGAGCUGUGAGAAACCGACCCGAGAUGCCAUGCUGAACUUCAGCUUCUACCUCACCAUUGGAGACAUGGACGAAGCAUUCAAAGCCAUCAAACUCAUCAAGAGUGAGGCCGUAUGGGAGAACAUGGCACGGAUGUGUGUGAAGAGUCGACGGCUGGACGUGGCACGCGUUUGUCUGGGUAACAUGGGUAACGCUCGUGCCGCUCGAGCUCUCAGGGAUGCAGAAAAGGAGCCAGAGGUGGAGGCGCAGGUGGCAGUGCUGGCUACACAGCUGGGCAUGCUGGAGGAUGCAGAGCGCUUGUAUAAGUCGUGCGGGCGGUUUGACUUACUGAAUAAGUUUUAUCGAGCAUCUGGCCAAUGGCAGCAGGCGAUCGAAACGGCAGAGACGCACGAUCGCAUUCAUCUUCGCACGACUUACUACAGCUACGCCAAACACCUGGAAGCCAUGGGAGACAAGAGCCUUGCACUGCAAUAUUACGAGAAGUCCGACACGCACCGGUUCGAAGUACCAAGAAUGUUAAUGGAGGAUAAUGUUUCAUUGGAAGUCUACAUUAAUAAAAUGAAAGACAAGGAUUUGUAUAAGUGGUGGGGACAUUAUUUGGAGAGCCAAUCAGAUAUGGAGGCAGCACUAAAUUACUAUGACUUAGCUCAGGAUUAUCUGUCUCAAGUGCGCGUUCACUGCUAUCUUGGGAACAUUCAAAAGGCGAGUCUGAUAGCCAAUGAGACGGGGAACCGUGCAGCGUCCUAUCACGUUGCUCGGCAAUACGAGGGACAGGACGAGAUCAACCAAUCGGUGCACUUUUACACACGAGCGCAAGCCUAUAACAACGCCAUCCGACUGUGUAAAGAGAAUAACCUGGACGAGCAGCUCAUGAAUCUGGCGCUGCUCAGUAAUCCAGAGGAUAUGAUGGACACGGCCAUUUAUUACGAAGAAAAGGGAACACACAUGGAUCGAGCUGUUAUGCUUUAUCAUAAGGCAGGUCAUGUCUCUAAAGCAUUGGAGCUAGCAUUUGCCACAGAGCAGUUUGGAGCCUUGCAGCUGAUUGCAGAGGACCUAAAUGAAACCAGUGAUCCUGCCUUACUCGCACGCUGCUCAGAUUUCUUCAUAAAACACGCUCAGUACCAGAAAGCAGUGGAAUUGCUAGUGGCUGCCAAAAAGUACAAUGAAGCGCUCCAGUUGUGUCUGGACCAGAGUUUGACCAUCACUGAUGAUCUGGCUGAAAGUCUGACGGUGCCACGAGACUCCGCCCAUUUGUCUGAAACCGUCCGGAAGGAACUGUUGGAGAAGAUCGCCGACUGUUGUAUGCGACAGGGCAACUACCAUCUAGCGACAAAAAAAUACACACAAGCUGGCAAUAAGAUCAAGGCAAUGCGAGCGCUGUUAAAAUCUGGAGACACGGAGAAAAUCGUGUUUUUUGCAGGUGUGUCCAGACAGAAGGAAAUCUACGUCAUGGCAGGCAACUAUCUGCAGUCUCUGGACUGGAGGAACGACGCAGAGAUCAUGAAAAACAUCAUUGGCUUCUACACCAAAGGUCGCGCCCUUGACCUCCUCGCCGGCUUUUAUGAGGCCUGCGCUGAGGUGGAAAUUGACGACUAUCAGAAUUACGAGAAGGCGUACGGCGCUCUGACAGAAGCUUGUAAGUGUUUGUCGAAAAUGAAGGGUCGCAGCGGAGACGAGACUGAUGGCAGGUUUCUCGUACUAACACACAGACUCGGGCUUAUCAAGAAAUUCAUUCAGGCACAAAGAAUGCAUGAGGAGGAUCCAGGUGAAGCAUUGCGUUUAUGUGAGUCUCUGCUGGAAGAGAAAGAUCUGGACCCUGCUGUACGUGUGGGUGACGUCUAUGGCUUUUUAGUCGAAUACUACUGCCAACAGGGCAACUUCCAACAGGCAUGGAGUAAACUGGAGGAUCUCAGGUCAGCACGUCCCAGUGUAAAUCUGAGUUUAUAUGUGAGUCAAAGCAGUCUACAGGCGCUACAGAACGCUGCUGGAAUCCGUCUGCCGUACGGACACACAACAAAUACACACGCGGGUGAAGAUGAUGAAGAGGUGGAGGAAGAUGAGGACAUCAAUCACUGAGGAACAGAUAUCUGCCUUCAUCAUAACCGUGGUUCCUAAUGCACACUUCUUGCCUACAAAAGAUUUACCUUUUUUUGUAAAUGAUGCCAUAUUACUAAGGGACUGCCAGAUUUUCUUUAAACACAUUAGUAAAUGGUGUAACGGGAUAGUUGUGUGACUGGUAUAGUUACUUUUCCUUAACUAGAGUAGUUCAUGUGUGAAUGCACAAGAUGCACUUAUGUAUGUCAUGUGCACUGUGAAAAAUAAUUUGUUGGUUCAACUUGAAAAAGUUUUUUUUGAGUUCAUUCAACUCAAGAAUAUUAGUUGACACAAUAUUUUUACACAACUUUUUUAAGUCAACCAAUAUUUUUAAGCCAAAUUAACUCAAAAUUUGAAGUAACUUACUUUUUUAAGUUGAACCAACAAAUAAUUUUUACAGUGUGUGUGGCCUUAUGAAUGAACACACCGGGACCACGAUUUUUGUCAGUUUGCACAAUUAUUUAAUUGAUGAGACCUGUUCGGAUAUAUUUGUAU